CAAGGCGCGUUGAGUUCCCUAUGCUGGAGAGGUUGUCUGUCGCCCACUGCCGCUUCGACAACAUGAACAUGGUUGAGCUGAUCAGCCGGUGCCCUCACCUGCGCGUGCUAGAAGUGGACCACUGCUGGCGUCUCGACACGCUCAAAGUUCACUCAGCGACCAUUGAAGAGCUUGUGGUGGACGACUGGCUGACCAACGUUGAUAUCGUGGCCCCCGUGCUUAAGAAGUUCAGGUUGAAAUCCACCAUGGAGAGAUGCUUCAGCGUGUCCUUCUCAGCACCGAUGGUGGAAUAUCUCUCGUGGUCAUUCUCGUUUCACCAUCAAAACGUCGGGAUCGGCGAUAUGCGGCUAUGGUGUGUGCGUGGCCUGAGUCUACAGACAAAACAGAGAGCCCACGUCCUACUGUUGGACAUAGAUUUUGCGCACGAGGAAUUUCUUGUGGACAGUGACUUGUUCCAGCAGAUAUCACCGCUUCCUGAAUUUUCUGUUUUGGAGAUGUAUUUGGGAUCAUAUGGACAUGUUUUUGGAGCAAUGAUGUUGGAUCUUCUUGGGACUUGCAACGCUAUAACCAGGCUUAAAGUCACCAUGCGAAGCUCACCGAGAACACAAGCAUGCCCACCAGAAUGUCUUUGUGAUGAAUUCCCAAACUGGAGAAGUCAAACUAUCCCGCUGAUGUCUCUUGAAGAAAUAGAUAUAGAUGGGUUUUUGGGACUGGGCCACGAAGUUGAUUUCUUGAAACUUCUGUUCAGAUCCGCAACUUUGAUGAAAACAAUGGUCGUCAGGUUAUCCUGUAAGCUUUUCCCAAGUGAUGGGGGAUAUAAGGAAAUGUGCAGCAUCUUCGAGGCGAAUCCAUCUGUGAAAUGCUAUGUUUAUCGCAGCUCUGGAUGGUAUUAAGCAGGUUAUUGAACCAUGUCUAUCUUAUGAUUCUAGUUGUAACUUUAUAUGAUAGCCCCUAAUAAACUUGAGCUACUGCCCUAUCUUCAUUUGUCGUCUUCAUGUUUUGCGGAAGAUUUACGUCAG